AUGGCGUCGGCAGACACCGAGGCGCUGUCGCGCGCCCCUCUGCACGACCGGGCACCGUCACGGUCACCAUCCCCCAUCGACCGUCGCCGGUCUUCGAGCCCCAGGCGAGGCCGCUCGUUCUCCCGAGACUCGCGAGAAAUGAUGUCGCCGCCGCCUCGUGAUCGAUCUCGCUCCCCUUCCCGCGACCGCGACCACGACCGCGACCGCGAUCAAUCUCCCGCCCGUUCUCCCCCCAGACGACGUUCGCCGCCGCCGGCCCGCCGCGAUGUCGACAGGUACCGCCCAGCCAAGAAGGAGCGCUCGCCGCCUCCUGCGCCUCCGCCUGCGCCUCCGGCCAAGACUGAGGAGGAAAAGCUGGCCGACGCCAGAGCCGAGUACCAGAAGCUGCUUAAUCUGCGCAGCCAGGGCGUGUAUCUGCCGCCGCAGAAGCUGCGCGCCCUCCAGGCGGCCAUCACCGACAAGAGCACCCCGGAAUACCAGCGCAUGGCCUGGGACGCCCUGAAGAAGUCCAUCAACGGCCUCGUGAACAAGGUCAACACGGGGAACAUCAAGUUCGUCGUGCCCGAGCUGUUCGGGGAGAACCUCAUCCGCGGCCGCGGCCUGUUCUGCCAGAGCCUGCUGAAGGCCCAGCACGCCAGCUUGCCCUUCACGCCCAUCUACGCCUGCCUGGCAGCCAUCUGCAACACCAAGCUGCCGCAGGUCGGCGAGCUGCUGGUCAAGCGCCUGAUCAUGCGCUUCCGCAAGGCUUUCAAGCGGAACGACAAGGCCGUGUGCCUGUCGUCGACCAUGUUCAUCGCCCAUCUGGUCAACAACCAGGUGGUGCACGAGAUGCUGGCCGCCCAGAUCUUGCUCCUGCUGCUGCAGAAGCCGACCGACGACAGCGUCGAGAUCGCCGUCGGCUUCAUGCGCGAGGUCGGCUUGUUCCUCGAGGAGAUGUCGCCCGCCAUUGCCCACGCCGUGUUUGACCAGUUCAGGAACAUCCUGCACGAGGCCGACAUCGACCGCCGCACCCAGUACAUGAUCGAGGUGCUGUUCCAGGUGCGAAAGGACAAGUACAAGGACAACCCGGUCAUCAAGGAGGAGCUGGACCUGGUCGAGGAGGAGGACCAGAUUACGCACCGCAUCGGGCUUGACGACGACAUCAACACCCAGGACGGCUUGAACGUCUUCAAGUACGACCCCGACUGGGAGGCCAACGAGGAGGAGUACAAGCGGCUGAAGGCCGAGAUCCUGGGAGAGGGCAGCGACGAGGAGGAUGAGGAAGAAGAAUCGGAGAGCGAGUCCGAGGAAGAGGACGAGGAGCAGAAGGCGAUGGAGAUCAAGGACCAGAGCAACGCCGACCUGGUCAACCUGAGACGGACGAUAUAUCUCACCAUACAGUCGAGCGCGGAUCCCGAGGAGGCCGCGCACAAGCUGAUGAAGCUGCGGCUCCCCGCCGGCCAGGAGCCCGAGCUGGUCUCCAUGAUCGUCGAGUCGUGCGCGCAGGAGAAAGUGUACGUCAAGUUCAUGGGCUUACUGGGAGAGCGGUUUGCGCGCCUGAACCGCAUGUGGAUGGACCUGUUCGAGGAGUCGUUUAUGAAGUACUACUCGACCAUCCACCGCUACGAGACCAACAAGCUGCGGAACAUUGCCCGCUUCUUCAGCCACCUGCUCUCCUUCGACUCCAUCGGCUGGCACGUCCUGUCCGUUAUCCACCUCAACGAGGAGGAAACCACGUCAGCCAGCCGCGUCUUCAUCAAGAUCCUGUUCGAAGACUUGCAGGAGAACAUGGGCACGGCGAAGCUGAAGGCGCGGUUGAGCGACGAGGCGCUGCAGCCCAGCCUGCAGGGCAUCUUUCCGCACGACACCCCGCGCAACAUCCGCUUCGCCAUCAAUUACUUCACCGCCAUCAAGAUGGGCUACCUCACCGACGAGAUGCGCACGUUCCUGGCCAACAUGCCGAAGCCAACCCUGCCGGCACCCCCUGCAGAAUCGGACUCGGAGUCGGUGUCCAGCUACUCUUCCUAUACGCGGUCCUCCUACUCAUCUCGGUCGCGCUCCCGCACCCCGCGCAGGGCCGUCGACCGCGGCCGUUCCACCUCGCGCACCCCGCCGCGCAGGGCGCGGGGGCGAUCCUACACGCGCAGCCGCAGCUAUACGCGCUCCAUCUCCACAGGCCGCCGAAGCUACACGCGCUCGCCGUCGCCCCGCUCGCCGUCGCGUUCGCGCUCCCCGCUGUCUCCCCCCCGCCGCGGGGGCCGUCCCCACUCCCCUUCCCGCUCGCGCAGCCCGUCCUACUCGCGCUCGCCGUCGCCUUCUUCAACCCCGCGCUCCCGCUUCCGCUCCCGCUCCCGCUCCCCCUCCGCCACCGGCGCGUCCGCUAAUCAGCGCCGCCGCAAACAGCCGUCUUACUCGCCCGGCCGCCGCUCGCCUCCUCCUCCUCCUCCCCCGCCGGCGGUGCGCCAGCAGAGGCGGGACAGCUACAGCCGGUCGCCCAGCCGUUCGAGAAGGGAGGCGGGGUUGGCGGCGCGGCGCCGCUCGGCGUCCCCGACGCCUUCUAGGUCCAGGUCCAGGUCCCCCAUGUCGAGGUCCAGGUCCAGGUCCAGGUCGAUGUCGAGGUCAAUGUCUCCUCCUGUGCGGGGCGGACGCGGGGCGGGUGAGAACGCGAGAGGUGCGCCGCCCGCUUAUGCCGGUACUGCUGGUGCUGCUGCUGGUGCUGCUCGCGGCGGGGGGAGGGGGUACUCCUACUCGCCCUCGCGGUCGAGGAGUCCGCCCCCGGUGCGCGCUGACCGCGCUGGUGGUGGAAGGGGUGGGUAUGGGUACGGGUACGGCGGUGGUGGCUAUCGGGACUGGGACAGGGAGGACAGAGACAGGGGUCGUGGUGGUGGUGGUGGUUAUUAUAGCAGUCGGGGGGGUGGUGGGUACCGGGAUAGGCAGGACGAGAGGGACGGGUAUCGCGGCAGGAGGGACUGGCGGAGUCGGUCGCGGUCGCGGUCGCCGGUGCGGAGUCCCGUGGGAGGGGGAGGUGGUUCUGGUUCUGGCGGUGGGAAACGGAGGAGGUAUUACAGCAGCUCGCGGUCGAGGUCGCCGCCGGUGCCUGCGAAGCGGGGGAGGGUGGAUGCUUAGGUCGUGGAGGCGGAUGCAUGG